AUGGGUCCAAAUGGCAAAAUGCAGCUGUUUUUGGAAGGCCUUGCAGAUGCUGAUGAUGUUCCUACUAAUGUAAAGAAGCAUCCAUUUGGACAGCCUGCAAUCACACCGUCACAUACUAACUGGGAUUUCUACUCCAAGAUUGUUCGUCGUUUUCGUAAUGGAAAAGUUGGUGAGCGGAAGAGAUGA